AAUCCAGUACAGUUCUUGCCUUGGUCUUUUCAAGAUGUCCUGGACUCGAGUCUUUGUCCUCUCUCUCCUCACCACCCUCCUCAUCCUCACCUUUUCCCGUGUGGUGGAAAACGCAGCAGUACGGGACGACACAAAACCAGCCAAUCCUAGAGGUACGGCGCGACAGGUGUUCAUGCGUGGGUCGGACGCCUCCAACUUCUUCAGACGCCGCACUCGCCGCUCGACCCGAUACUAUGAGCUCGUAGCUGAGCAGAGGGUAAAGAUUGCAGCGAGUGAGCACAGGAGGGAGUACAACGAGGAGCAGAGGAAUGAGUACGAGAACUACGCCGAGGAGGACCGUGACGAGGUAAACGAGAGAUCGAGGGAGACAAACGAGCAGCUGCGAGAGUAUAACUACGAUGGCCUCUAUCCUCGCUACUACUGGUUCCACUGAGCAUACUCCGUCAAUGGAGCAGUGGUGACACUGCCAUCACCUUUACCAAAGGUGAUUCCUGACAUGUUGACAGCAAGUGCUACAGUUAUCGCCAUAUUUUUCCUACUUCAAUUUACAAGACAAAAAGUUCUUUCCUUUCGCUUCAUUUUUAUACACCCUAAACUGUGCAAUGUGUGUCUCCAUGUCAAACUGUAAAGUGUAUUCAAAGUGAACUCUUUGUAUUGUUAGCUAAACCUUAUCAUAUUAAAUGGAGGUUAUAUAUUUUGCAUGCUUGUUUUUACUGCCUUUUACAUGUACAUAGAAGCUACACAGUGUCCUUUAUGUCAGUGUGAUACAUUAGCAAUAACUCAACCUCUUAUAUAAAGAAUUGACUUGAUUUACCAGAGGGGGAUUAUAGUUUUAUAUUUGCUAAGAACCUGACUUUCUGACAUUUCUUUAAGUCAAAAUGACAA